AUGAUGGAUACAAUUGAUUUUGAAGAAUGUUUAAAAGAUUCUCCUGCUUAUCGAAGUCAACUUCGACAAGCAGUCAACCAUAUCGAUAUGCUUGAAGAUCGUUUAGAACAAAUGUUUAAAGCGUGUAAUUCAGUCAUUAAUAGUGGCAAAGUAUAUAUUCAAGAAUUUCAAAAAUUUUUAAAAUGUAUUUUUGAUGUACGUGAAUUUUUUUCUACUGAUGAAAUCGCUUAUAGAAGUAUAGCAAAAUUUGGAAAUUAUUUACAUGAAAUUCAAUCACUCUUUUCUAAUUUACUUGAACAAACAUCACAUAGUAUUUUAAGAACAUUAACACGUAUGUUAAAAGAAGAUAUAAAAAAAGUUAAAGAUCAAGGAAAAUUAUUUGAACGUUUAAGUUCCGAUUAUGAUCUUGCUUUACAAAAAAAUGCGGAUGCAUCAAAAACUAAACCUCAUAUAUGUGAAGAUGUUAGUAAGAUUUUAAUUGCAACUCGCAGUUGUUUUGGACAUACAUCAAUAGAUUAUACAUAUCAAAUUAAUGUGUUAUUUACUCAACAUAAAGUUGAAUUAAUCGAAUUAUUUCUAUCGUAUAUUAAUUUUCAUAAAGCAUUUUUUCAUCAAGGCUAUGAAUUAUUAUCUAUUGAUACGGAAAGAGAUUUUAAUUCUAUAUCAAAUCAAUUAACAAAAAUGAAACAAGAUAAUAUUCAAAAACAAAAAAUCUUAGAAAAAGUUCAUGAAACUAAUCAAAAACGAUAUAAUCCAGAUGAUAGUCGAAACGAUGGAAUAACAACAAUUGAACCAUCAAUAUCUUUAUCGAAAGAUAUUUCAUUAAAUAAUUCAUCACAACAAAGUACAUUGAAUACUUCUAAUACAUCAAUAACUAGAACUGAAAUCAUAACAGAAGGUUAUCUAUUUAAACGUUCUCAUAAUAAAUUCAAGACAUGGAAUAGACGUUGGUUUUCAAUACAAAAUGAUCAAUUACUCUAUAUGAAACGUAAUAAUGGAAAUUCUCUAAAUGAUAGUUCUCAACAACAAUUUCCAUAUUCAAUAAUGGUACCUGAUUUACGUUUAUGUACAAUUCGUUUACCAAAUGAUCAUGAUCGUCGAUUUGUUUUUGAAAUUAUUUCUCCAAAUAAUUCACAUCUUCUACAAGCUGAUUCACAAUUUGAAUGUGAUCAAUGGAUUAAUUCACUACAAUUAGCAAUAGCAAAUUCAUUUAAAUUAUCAAAUAAUGGAAUGGCAACUUCAGUUUCAACUUCACCAAAAUCAUUAUUGAGUAAUCGUUCAAAUACACUUUUAACUGCAAAAAUUGAAUUAAAACAUAAAAUGAUUAAAGAAAAAAUUGAAUAUGUACGUUCAUUACCAGGCAAUGAUAAAUGUUGUGAUUGUGAUGCUGAUGGACCAGAAUGGGCAUCGAUUAAUUUAGGAAUUUUACUUUGCUUAAAUUGUUGUGGUGCUCAUCGUGGUCUUGGUGUUAGUCUUUCAAAAGUUCGUUCACUUCAUAUGGAUAUAUGGGAUUUAGAAACAUUACUUGUUAUGUCUGAAUUGGGUAAUACUAAUGUCAAUAGUAUUUAUGAAGCACAAAUAUCAAAUGAUAUAAAAAAACCGAAUGCUGAAACAGAUCCUACAAAACGUCGAAGUUAUAUAGAAGCAAAGUAUGUUCAAAAAGUAUUUUUACGUCCAUUACCUGCACCGAAUCAAAUGCGACCAGCAACACGUAAUAUCAAACGAUGGUCUGUUAUGAAAAAUGCAUCAUUAUCCACUAGUUUUGGAACGGAUAUCGAUGAUGAUAAUACAUUGCAUUCAUUAAAAUCUUAUAAUCGACAAUUAUUAUUUAGAAAACCAAUUAUACCAUCUGAUACUGGUAUUGGAACAGAUAAUUCACCAGCUAUAUGGAAUAUGAAUAUAUAUUUAUAUGAAGCAGCUCGUCAUCGAAAUAUUCCAAUGAUGUUACAUGCAUUUACACUUGGUGCUGAUAAAAAUUUUUUCAAUGAACAUGAUCAUGGACGAACACCAUUGAUUCAAGCAGUAUUAAGUAGAUCAGUAGCAGCUGCCGAAUUUCUUCUUACCAAUAAUGCAAAAGUUAAUUUACCUGAUCAAGAUGGUAGAACACCACUUCAUUAUGCAACACAAUUAGCAAGCAAAGGACGAGGACCAAUUAUUCUUUUACUUAAACGUGGUGCUGAUCCAUUAUUAAAAGAUAAUCAUGGUAUUGAUGCAUGCUCACUUUCAAUGAAUCUUGCUGAUCCUGAUGUAAUAACAUGGUAUCGUUUAAUAGCCUUACAUGAACAAAUGAAAGAAGAAGAUGCCGAAGCCGAAAAAACUUAUAUAUCAAUAUUAGAUGAUCCUGUUUAUAUGAAAGAAAUAGCAAGGACACCAUCGUUUUCAUAA